CAGAGGGAGCAGUGCCGUAAAGCGCAGUGUUUUGGACAGGAGGAGGUCAUUAGAAAGUGAGGAGAAGGAUCAGCACCUCCUCAGAGACUCCGGCUUCCAGCUUCUCUCUGAUGUGAGGAUAACACACAGGUCAUCGGCUCUAUCAAGUGUUCCACCCGCUGCACAAUGCUCCGUCUCAUCCUGCGGCUCAGGCCGUCCUCCGGGCUGCCAUGUCCCCGUGCCCUCCCGACCGGGCCUGCUGCGCUCGGCUCCCGCUCCGUGCACGGAACCGGAGGUCUGCGGCGGCUCCACCGUGGAGCAGCGUACCGGGCCGCCUCCCUGAGCUCCGGCCUCGGCCACAGAGCGACGCUGCUGCGGUGUCCCCCGCUGUCAGGCUCCUGUCAGGCCAAGAGGUUCUACUGCCUCCCGCCCCACCAGAAGGUGGAGCUUCCUGCGCUGUCGCCCACCAUGCAGACGGGAACGAUCGCUCGCUGGGAGAAGAAGGAGGGAGAAAAAAUCAGCGAGGGCGAACUCAUAGCUGAGGUUGAGACUGACAAGGCCACUGUGGGCUUUGAGAUGCUGGAGGAGUGCUAUCUGGCAAAGAUCCUGGUUGCUGAGGGGACCAGAGAUGUUGUUGUUGGUUCAGUAAUCUGCAUCACGGUUGAGAACCCUGACCUCAUCGCAGCCUUUAAGGACGUAACGUUGGACUCACUUAAAGCAGCCGGUGCCGCUCCUUCCCCAGCUGCCUCUGCUCCUCCUCCCCCUCCUCCUGCUGCUGCUGCUCCUCCUGCAGCCCCCGGCAGCUCGUAUCCCACACACAUGAAGAUCACACUCCCCGCCCUCUCUCCCACCAUGACGAUGGGAACAGUGCAGCGCUGGGAGAAGAAGGUCGGAGAGAAACUGAGUGAAGGAGAUCUGCUGGCUGAGAUCGAGACUGACAAGGCGACCAUCGGCUUUGAGGUGCAGGAGGAGGGAUAUUUGGCCAAAAUAAUGGUGAAAGAGGGAACUCGGGACGUCCCCCUGGGAAUGCCGCUCUGCAUCAUUGUAGAGAAAGAAAGCGACAUCGCUGCCUUCAAGGAUUACGUAGAAACUGGAGUGGCAGAGGUUUCCGCACCCCCCCCAGCUCCAGCGCCCGCGGCAGCUCCAGCAACUGCAGCACCCACUCCUGCAGUCGCUGCCCCAGCAGCCUCCAGGAAGGGGCGUGUGUUCGCCAGCCCGCUCGCCAGGAAACUUGCCUCUGAGAAAGGAAUUGACCUGGCACAGGUCGGCGGUUCUGGUCCUGAUGGACGUGUCACCAGGAAAGACAUUGAGAGUUUUGUUCCACCAAAGCCUGCACCUGUUGAAGCUGCUGCUCCUAGUCCAGCCGCUGCUGCUCCUGCUCCUGCUGCUGCUCCUGCUGCUGCUCCUAUUUCCCCAGCUGGAACCUUCACAGACGUCCCCAUCAGCAACAUCCGAAAGGUCAUUGCUCAGAGGUUGAUGCAGUCCAAGCAAACCAUCCCACACUAUUAUCUGUCUGUAGACGUCAACAUGGACCAAGUGAUCGAGCUCCGGAAAGAGCUCAAUGUUGAAGUACAGGCCCAGAAUAUCAAACUUAGUGUGAAUGACUUCAUCAUCAAAGCCAGCGCUCUGGCCUGCCUCAAGGUUCCUGAGUGUAACUCCUCCUGGAUGGACACAGUCAUUCGCCAGAACCAUGUGGUGGACGUAAGUGUAGCAGUGAGCACAGCCAAUGGUCUGAUCACACCCAUCGUGUUUAAUGCCCACACCAAAGGACUGGCCUCCAUCUGCUCUGAUGUUUCUGCCCUUGCUGCCAAAGCGAGAGAAGGCAAACUGCAGCCACACGAGUUCCAGGGAGGCACGUUCACAAUCUCUAACUUGGGGAUGUUCGGCGUCAAGAACUUCUCAGCGAUAAUCAACCCUCCUCAGUCCUGUAUCCUCGCUGUGGGAGGCUCAGAGAAACGACUGAUGCCUGCUGAUAACGAGAAAGGGUUCGACGUAGCCAGCAUGAUGUCAGUGACACUGAGCUGCGACCACCGGGUGGUGGACGGCGCAGUCGGCGCACAGUGGCUCGCAGAGUUCCGCAAGUUCCUGGAGAGACCUGUCACCAUGCUGUUGUGAUCGGACUGUUCUGUCAUUCAAAACUGCAGCCGCAGGCUGAGGCCUCUCGCUGAAGUGAUUUGAUUUGUCUGAACCUCCUGCGAUCCUCCUGUGAUUGGCCAGCCUGCCACCAGGUCACUCCCAGUUACCCUGAAGAGGAAGAGGCAGAGCUCACUCCACUUACCUGUCUGUCCCGCUGUCUCGCUGUCUCUCCUCUCUGUCUUUCUCUCCUCUCGCUGUCUCACUCAUUCUAUUUAUUGAGGCCGCAUUUCAUGAGAGACCAGAAUUAGGUUUAAUUUAUCCUCGAAUAUCGAGACUGGCCACAUGUCACUAAAACAUCUAUAAUAUUUUUUAAAGGGAAGUGUUACAUGAACAACCAGCGACCACAGUUAUCCCAAAACUUGUGUGUGUGUGUGUGUUUCUACACACAUUUAUCUUUAUUUUGUGUGGAUGUGAUAAAGAGGACAGGAGGAGCAUUAAUCUCUGGGUUCCAGUUAUUUGAGUAAAUGAUUGUGGUUUUUGUCUGGAAGCAGGAAAACAGAGCUAAAUGUAAGUUUGUUAUAGUCCUGAUGUGUAUACACACACACACACACACACACCUGUCCCUGUUCAGUAGUCACACUCACACACACAUGAAAUGUUUUAGUAGGCUUUUUGUGAGUUGAUGCUACAGUGUGUGUAUAUCCCUCACUGUGGGAAGAAAACAGCUCUGUAUGUAUAUAUGUAUAUGGUGGUGAGCUUCUGAUGAGGCCUCACCAUGUAGUUAAUAUCUGUACAGACCUGAACGAAAACAAACGAUCUUAAAAGAGAAACUCAAUGGUUUUGCCAAUUCUCUCUUCAGUGGGGAUGUUUUAUGUCCUCAUCUCAGAGUAAAACACAAUAUUGUGUACUUUACAGCUUAAACGCACAAAGCUGGUGCUGGGUAUUAUUUGUUCUUUGAAUAAAGUGGGAGAAGUAAACCUUG